GACAAUUAGGUUCUACCAUUCUUGUUAGUACUAAUAUCUUUUUAGAAUUAAUUUUAAACCAACCGUGUGUCACUUGUUAUGAUAUAAAUCCUUCAAAUCGUAAAACUAAGAUUAGAACUGAUGGAUUGGGAAUUUGUGUUACUAGUAUUUGUAUGGUGUGUUCUGAUGAAUCUGAAUAUUCUAAUGAAAGGCCAGGAGACAAUUUUUCUAAAUGUUUGGCAGGUGCUGGUUUGGUUGGAGGUAUUAAUAAAGAAGAAUUACAAUCCAUGUUAGCAUUACUAGAAAUCACAAGACAAAGUGGGCAUCAACAAUAUUUUGAUAAGCAAGGAGAAUUUUUUCAAAGUUUAUAUCAAGCAGCAAAUACUAGUGCUGAAAAUGCUUUGAGUCAUGUACGUGAAGCUUCACAAGCUAGUGGAGAAUUUAUUUUUAAUGAAGAAUUGAAAAGUUAUGGACAUCACCCAGUUCUAGUUUAUCAUGUAGUUGAAAAGAAACGUGAAUAUAAAACUAAAGACGGAAAGAUUAUUACUAUUCAAGAAGGUAAUUAUGAUAGUAGUUCACAACAAAUGGAACAUGCUAUAUUAAUUGCCAUAAUUGAGAAGGUCUUGACAGUGUUAGAAAAUUAUAACAUUAAAUUAAAUGUCAGAGUUAAUGGAGAUCUUUCUACAAAUAGAACUUUGGCUUUAUUAAAUGUAGUUAAUCAAAUAUUUGCAGACUUGAAAUACAAAGCUAAAAUUGUGUGA